AUGGGUCAAGGUGUUGCGGCCGUCCAGGCCAGCGACGAGUACUACGACCUUGGCUUGUUCGGCCACAUCAUCACCACCACCAGCGCCGACGCUCAGACCUGGUUCAAUCGGGGUCUGAUAUGGGUAUACUCGUUCAAUCAUGUGGAAGGUUCUUACUGCUUUGAGCAGGCCAUUGCACACGACCCUGUAUGCGCCAUGGCGUAUUGGGGUCUCGCUUACUCGGUCGGUCCAAACUAUAACAAGCCGUGGGAGAAGUUCGACCUAGGUGACCUCCACACAUCUGUGCAGCGCGGCUAUGAUGCAUCCCGAGCGGCAAAGAAAUUCGCGGUGAACGCAACUCCACUCGAACAAGCUCUGAUUGACGCGAUCCAAUUCCGAUUCCCGUCCCCUCAGCCUGCAAUGGACUACCCAGCCCUCAACAAAGGCUAUGCAGCUGCCAUGAAGCCGGUGUAUGACGCUUUUAAAGAUGACUUGGAUAUUGCCACCCUAUAUGCCGAUGCGUUGAUGAACAUGACCCCCUGGGCCCUGUGGGAUCUGUUCACCGGCAAACCGAACCCCCAAGCCCCUACGAUGGAGGUGAAAGUCGUGUUAGACCGGGCGCUCGCGCAAGGGCAGGAUGGUGCAUAUCUGAACCCUGGGCUGCUUCACCUGUACAUUCACUUCAUCGAAAUGUCACCCACUCCCGAGCUGGGUAUCAACGCUGCCGAUCACCUACGGGACCUCGUCCCUGACGCUGGUCACAUCCACCACAUGCCGACACACUUGGAUAUUCUCGUCGGUGAUUGGCGGCGCUCUAUCUCUUCGAACUAUAAAUCGACUCUCGCCGAUGAUAAAUAUUUCCGAAAAUCAGGCGCGAAAAACUUCUAUACGUUUUACCGCCUUCACGACUAUCACUCCUUAGUCUACGCGGCCAUGUUUGCCGGCAAAAAGGAGACGGCCCUUGAUGCGGUCACCCGCAUGGAAUCCACCGUGCCUGAGGAAGUCCUUCGCAUCCAGUCUCCCCCUAUGGCUGACUGGCUGGAACAAUUCAUGUCUAUCCGUUUACAUGUGAUGGUGCGGUUUGGGAUGUGGGAAGAGCUUAAACGCAAGGAGUUGCCCCACGAUUGCACACUAUUUGCAGCUACCACUGCUGUCACUCACUAUGCUAGGGGUAUAGCGUUCGCCGCCACAGGAGAUGUGACUACAGCCCGAGAGGAACAGCAGCUGUUCAAUCAAGCUUGGACUCGUGUCCCCGAGACUCGCCGCGCCUACAAUGGCAAACUGGUCGACGUUCUCAAGGUGGCCGCAGCCAUGCUGGAAGGAGAAAUCGAAUACCGUUGCGCCAAUUACGUUACGGCCUUUGCGUCUCUCCGUCAAGCGAUCGAUCUUGAAGAUAACUUGCCAUAUAGCGAGCCGUGGUCGUGGAUGCAACCUGUCCGCCACGCAUAUGCUGCCCUGCUAAUGGAGCAGGGCCAUCUGGAAGACGCAGCACAGAUAUAUCGCGCGGACCUGGGUUUGGACCACUCUGUGAUCCGGCCGCGUCGGCACCCUAACAAUGUCUGGUCGCUGCAGGGAUACCAUGAGUGUCUGAUUCGACUGGGGAGGGUAGACGAAGCGGCUGUAAUUGAGCAGCCGCUUCAGUUGGCCCUGGCCGUGGCGGAUGUUCCAGUGACUUCGUCGUGCUUCUGCCGCUUGGAUGACUCCCGGGCGCCACAGAUUCUCAAUGGGUGCUCCUCCAAUGGGACGACCGCCAAUGGAAAGUGCUGCUAA